AUGUCAGAAUUCCAACCACCAGACACAUCUUCUUUCGAGAGAGUAGCUUACCUCUGUGGGUAUCCCAUAGGUCACUCCAGAUCGCCUUUGUUACACCACUCAAUAUAUUCUUCAUAUGGAAAGAAAUGGGCUCAAUUACUGUUCGAGACGAAAGACCUGGAAGACUUCUUAUCAUAUCUCAAGAAGGAUCCAAAAUGUAUGGGUAGUGGUGUGACAAUGCCUUUCAAGGUUGCAGUCAUCCCUCUGCUGGACGAGCUUACCGAAGAAGGCAAGGUGAUUGGGGCUGUCAACACAAUAUUCUUCAAGACAGCUCCCGACGGUUCGAGAAUAUGCUGUGGAACAAAUACCGAUUGCCUUGGCAUUCGUGACGCCUUUGCAAACAAUGUUGUUGGCGCGCCGUACGAAGGGAAACCAGGACUUGUCGUUGGUGGAGGUGGAACAUGUAGGGCUGCCAUAUAUGCACUACAAAAGUUCAUGGGUUGCUCUCCAAUUUAUAUCAUCAAUCGAGACGCUGCGGAAGUGGAGGCCGUGUUGCAAGAAUGUCGCGCCCAAGGUGUUGCUGACGAUUUGACAUACGUAUCUUCGACAGCACAGGCGGAAGCACUGCAGCCUCCUAUCGCUGUAGUGAGUGCUGUACCGGAUUUCCCUCCACGAACUGAAAACGAGAAAACAGCCCGAGCCAUUUUAUCGAACUUCUUGGAUAGAGGGGAGAAGGGUGCACUUCUAGAGAUGUGCUACCAUCCAUCACCUCACACUGAGAUAACAGCGCUAGCGACUCAGGCCGGUUGGCAGGUCAUUGGCGGGAUUGAGGCUAUGAUCGGACAAGGGUUUGCGCAAGCGGUUCUCUGGACCGGCAUUGAAAUUGAUGAGCAGCUAAGGAGUUCUGCCAGGGAAGCAGUGCUAAAUGUGCAGCAACCGCAAUAUUGA